UCAACUUGCUGGUGUUUCAAUUUUAAUUCUACAAGAUGUUGCCUGCGAUUCAUUUGCUGGCAUGCAUUUGGCUUUGUUAAGUGGCCAGUUGCGCACUUUAUGUAUGCGAGUAGCCAAACUGGGUAGAGACAAGAAAAAGGCAAAGACCCAAAAUAAUGAGGAAUUAUUGGAGUGUGUACAGGAUCACAUGGAUUUAUUACAAUAUCGCCAGAAACUGGAGGAGGUUAUCUCAUUCUAUAUGUUCUUUCAAAUCCUAUUUACCAGCAUUAAUAUGUGCUGUGUUAUUGUAUUUCUGAUCUUGUUUGCCAACGAUCCCUUUAGCUGGAUCUAUUAUUCAGUUUAUUUUGUAGCAAUGACGGUAGAAAUUAUGCCGGUGUGCUAUUAUGGCACAACUAUUGAGACUGAAUUUCAAAAUGUUACCUACGCUAUAUUCUCUUCGAAUUGGUUGGAGCAGGACGAAACAUUCCAGCAACAUAUACGGAUCUUUGCGGAGGCCACCAAGAAGCCCUUGUGUAUUAUGGCCUGGCUAUUUCGCAUCAAUUUAAAGACAUUUUUAUUCGCUUGCAAGAAUGCAUAUUCCAUGUUUGCCUUAAUAAUGAAUAUCAAGUGA